CUCGUAUCUAUAUCCAUGCUUCCUAGCUUCCUUCUGAGAGUACUAGUUUCUUCUUUUAAUUUUCCUGUUUUAUGCUUUUUAACAAUAUCGGUUCAAGUAUUUUAUUUUCUCACCAACAGAGGGAGGACUAGUAUUGCUGCCGCUGCAUGUAUAGAUUAUCAGCAUCAACAAAGGAAGCCAAGGAGAAAAAUAAAACCAGCUAUUCCUAGAGGAAAAGCUCUUCCACCUCCAAACUUUGAUAUGGAGCGAGCAUACUUUCAAGACGUUGAUUCCUUUGAACUGUUAGAGGAAAGCCCCUCACCCAAAAAAUCUGGUUCAUGGGCAAUUGGCAUCCAAAGUGAUGACAUUGCUAUACCAUAUAAGUCCACAGUACUACAGAAAUGGUUAAUCUCUAAGAAGCUAAAUCACAGUUGUGGACCUUCGGGUUCUCUGUCUAAGAUAUUAGAAACUCCUGCAUUACCAGGGGAAUCCAUUUGCAAUGGUGGUUUUGACUCUUCAAGUCUGAAAACCCCAGGAAAUACAUCUCUGCAUAUAAAUUCUGGUUUACAUAGUGUCCAAGACAAAUUCAAUUCAAGUCUCAUGGAUAAAGAUGAUGUUGAAAGGCAUAUAUGUUCACAGAAAAGCAACAAAGAGUUCCAGACUCUGGGUGAUGAGGGUUGCAAAGACAUUGAGGUUGCAGUUGGUAAACUCUCUCUGACGUCAAGGCCUGCUUCAUUAGAUAGUCAUCAGUUGGAUCCUUUUUCAGCUCUUUUAGCAGUUUGCGGACAGUCAGCUCCGUCAACGCUGUUGGAUGUAUUCUCCAAGUAUUGUGAUCCAAAAAGUAUUGUCAAGGUUGGCGAAGGUACAUAUGGAGAAGCUUUCAUAAUUGGCGAAACUGUUUGCAAAAUUGUUCCAUUCAAUGGAGAUUUACGAGUGAAUGGAGAAGUGCAAAAGAGAUCAGAAGAAUUACUUGAGGAGGCCAUACUUUCUCAGACUCUGAAUUAUUUGAGAGGACACGAUGGUCAUGUUUCCAAUUCCUGUACAACAUUCAUAAAAACUACAGAGUUAAGAGUAUGCCAAGGCCCCUAUGAUGCUGCCCUGAUAAGAGCUUGGGAAGAGUGGGAUGGGAAGCAUGGUUCAGAAAAUGAUCAUCCUAAAGAGUUUCCAGAGAAUCAGUGCUAUGUUGUUUUUGUUCAAGAACAUGGCGGUCAGGAUCUUGAAAGCUUUGUGCUCUUGAACUUCAGUGAGGCAUGGAGUUUAUUGGUUCAGGUUACAAUUGCCUUGGCCGUGGCAGAAGCUGCAUAUGAAUUUGAACAUCGGGAUCUACACUGGGGGAACAUUCUGUUAAGUCGGAAAGAUUCUGUGACAUUGCAGUUCACUCUUGAGGGAAGGAAUAUAUCUAUCAGGACAUUUGGAUUGGUGGUAUCAAUAAUUGAUUUCACUCUUUCAAGAAUCAAUACCGGUGAAGAUAUUCUUUUUCUGGACCUUUCGUUAGACCCAGAGCUCUUUGAGGGCCCUAAAGGAGAUAAACAAUCAGAUACUUACCGGAAAAUGAAAGAGGUGACUGAAGACUGCUGGGAAGGAAGUUUCCCCAAGACAAAUGUGUUGUGGUUGCAGUAUUUGGUUGACAUUUUGCUCUUAAAGAAAUCAUAUGAUCGAACUUCAAAAGAUGAGAGAGAUCUGCGUUCACUGAAGAAGCGCCUAAACAACUAUAAUUCAGCAAGAGAAGCAACCUCUGAUCCUUUCUUUAAGGACUUGUUUGUUGAUCAUGCCAUGUAAUGGAAAGUGGAUGAUGCAGUAGAAAAUGAGUCCAUUUUUUUUUCCCUCUACUGUCUUAACUUUGCUCCUAUAUUCACCCAAAAAAAACUUUGCUCCUCCAGUUUUGAAGACUUCAUAUUCAGAAACCAACUUGGUUUCUUUUUUGUAUAUUGUUUACUGGACUGGAGUAGAGAAUUUUUUUUUGGAGGAAAAGUUAUUUCUCUCUAGAUUAUGUAGAAAUAGAGUUCUAACUCUCACAUGUUGGGACAGGUUUUGCACAUUUAGCUUUUUGACAAAAUUCUUGGCUUGCAGUUUGUAACAGUAUUCACGACGAUACACGACAUAAUAUCACAGCUCUACUCAUCUGUGCUGAUC